CUUGGAUGCCGACCCUGCUUCCUUCAUUGCCCGCUUCUUGGACCGGUUGUGGUUCCUACCUGCCCGACAUCCGCGAUAUCUAGCCUUGUCUGGCGGCUGUUGACCACCGUUCAUCAUGGCGCUUCGAUUGGCCCCGGGACGGGUGCUGUCUCGUCGGUCCGUUGCAGGGCGCCCCGUGUGCUCGUUGAUGGUCGCGAGGAAUCUCUCGUCCAGCUGCGUGAGGAGAAAAGAUGUGGUGGGAGAGGAACCGCCGAAUAUGAAGCACGCACAACGACCUCCAGUAGGACCGCUCAAGGCACCGAUUGUGAAUCCGGUCGAUAAAUACACGGAGAAGGCGGAGCAAUUGCAUAAAUACGGGCAGUACUUGAUGUCGUGUUUACCGAAAUACAUCCAACAAUUCUCCGUCUGGAAAGACGAAUUGACUAUCUAUAUUCCUCCCACCGGUGUGAUCCCUGUCGUCUCCUUCCUCAAACUGCACACCGCCGCCGAAUUCACUCAACUCACCGACGUCACCGCCGCCGACUACCCCUCCCGCAACCACCGCUUCGAAGUCGUCUACAACCUCCUCUCCGUCCGCCACAACAGCCGCAUCCGCGUCAAGGCCUACGCCGACGAAGCCACCCCGGUCCCCUCCCUCUGCGGCCUGUACGAUGGCGCCAACUGGUUCGAGCGCGAGGUCUACGAUCUCUACGGUGUCUUCUUCACCGACCACCCGGACUUGCGGCGCAUCAUGACCGAUUACGGCUUCGAUGGCCAUCCGCUGCGGAAGGAUUUCCCCAUGACCGGGUAUACUGAGAUCCGGUACGAUGAGGAGAAGAAGCGCAUCGUCGUCGAGCCGUUGGAGAUGACCCAGGCGUUCCGGAACUUUACCGACGGGAGCAGCGUGUGGGAGCCGGUGGGGCCGGGUGAUGACCGGACGCCGGAUCAGUUCAAACUACCGACGCCUCAACCUGAGCCACCGAAGGAGGAGCCGAAGAAAUAGAGGUAGACAUGCGUGCCAUGAAGGCUUGGUUUGGUCAAUCAUGUAUAUAAAAAUAGUUUCUCAACGGUGCACUGUAUGAUCCCUGGUAGAUAACAAGGUCCAAAAAUCCAAUCUGCGCCAACUUGCGUUCGAAU